CACAGCGGCAGCACCUCUGUAGGGCAGACAGGUUUUUAAUGCGUCACCAUCCUGUCAUGUGGUAAUCAUCUCAGCGUAACCCAAAAGACACUGAACAACACUUUGUGCAGGUGACCUCAUCCACAGAUUUGCACCUGCACGAGCUGCUCACAUGGCCCACCCAUACGAGCCCUGGUUACGGACAGCAUCACCUAGUGGCAGCUCAGACGACAUGAACAUCGCUUCCUGGUGGGACCUUCACAGAGACGUCCAAGCAGGCAGUUGGAUAGACCUACAGACGGGUCAAGGUGUGGGCCUGCCUUCAGUAAAUCCAGGCGGCUCCAUGGGUUUGCAGCCUUCUCUGGGGCCCUAUGGCUCUGACCCACAGCUGUGCACCCUGCCCCCGGCUCAGCACGCUCCACCCUCGCAACCAUCCCAUCUCUUCCCCCAGGACGGCUUCAAGAUGGAGCCACUGGCCCCUGAAAUGCUGCAGCAAGAAACCUUCUCAAUGGAGGAACCUCAGGAGACGUCUGUGUCAGCUCGCCCCAAGCCCCAGCGCCGCUCUUCUUCCAGAGGCGGCAGCCAGGCUGUGUGCCGCUGCCCUAAUUGCGUCCACGCUGAGCAGAUGGGCCAGAGCACUGACGACAGCAGGAGGAAGCACAUGCACAAUUGCCACAUCCCCGGCUGUGGCAAAGCCUACGCCAAGACCUCCCAUCUGAAGGCUCACCUGCGCUGGCACAGCGGAGACCGGCCGUUCGUCUGCAACUGGCUGUUCUGUGGCAAGAGGUUCACGCGCUCUGAUGAACUGCAGCGACACCUACAGACGCACACUGGAGCCAAGAAGUUCAGCUGCGCAUUAUGUCCCAGAGUGUUCAUGCGCAACGACCACCUGGCCAAGCACAUGCGCACCCAUGAGUCCCCGCCAGGACAAGGGGAGGACAGGCUAAACGGAGAUGGGAGGGGGGAUAAGAGCUUUGAUGCAUCGACACCUCCCCAGUCGUCCGCAAACGUGUCUGACAGCACAGAUCCUCCACUGAAGCUGAAGUGUGAGACAGACGCCUCCGUCUCCAGCGUGACGGGGCAGUCGGGCUAGCUGCGCCGCGUUCAGUUAAAGGGUUGCCAUCACCUCACAGAGGUGUCAUAGUUUCACGAUAGAUUAGAGAGUAGAAGGAAGGUAUGAACACUCUUUCACUGAUGAACACUGGAUGGAACAAAAAAUAUGUAUGUGUGAUCCUGUGAAUUUAUCACACAAAUGUGAUAAACCGUGAUGCCACGUCACGCUGAAAAGCAGGAAUCCUAUUGAUCUUGUGUGUAAACCUUUCGUCUGUGACUACUAAAGGUGAAAGGUGGCGAAGGAGGCGACGGAGCUGAAGCUGCAGCUUGUUGCUGGACUUCGAUUGCUGCUAGCGCUACAGCCACCAGUAGCCCAAGAGACUGACCUGAGUUCAUGAGAAGGUGGUUGGGUAACUUGUUUACAAUCAGAUCAAAUGUGUAACUGGAAGAAAAGAGCAUUAAGUUUAACAGUUUCAAG